AAUCUAAAGCCAAGUAUCGUUUUUGGUCCCCCCCCCCCCCCCACCCAAGAAAAAAACCCUAUUCUCCGCUCUCAAGCAAAACUUCCAUCGCGAUGAGCAGAUCCGGGCAGCCUCCAGAUCUCAAAAAGUACAUGGACAAGCAGCUCCAGAUCAAGCUGAAUGCCAAUCGCAUGGUCGUCGGCACGCUUCGUGGGUUUGAUCAGUUUAUGAAUCUAGUGGUUGACAACACAGUAGAGGUGAAUGGCAAUGAGAAAACUGAUAUAGGCAUGGUGGUUAUCAGAGGAAAUAGCAUCGUUACUGUUGAGGCACUUGAACCUGUAGGCAGAAUGCAGUGAUUUCCAGUUCUUCGAUUGGAAAUGCGGAAUUCACUUGAUGGUAUCGCAUUCACUUGCUGUUGUUUGGAUAGCUUUGCUUCUAGCCUGCUGGUUUGGGGUGAGAUGUUUUAUUUAAGUGAGAACUCGGAAAUUAGACGGAUUUAUUAGUUUAUGCACUUUAGUUUCCUUCUGUACCUGAUGAAUUGCCCUGGUUAUUCCAAAUAGUUUUGAUGGACUGGUGGAUUGAAUCUUAUGCUCCAUAUGUUAGAGCUUAUUUCUGGUUCUUGA